AUGGGCGGCACGUGCUUUGAUAGAGAAACAACCAAAAUUAUUAGAACAGUGGAAAGACACACAAAAUUUUUUACCUCAUUAAAUAAUUAUAUUAUUUCUGUUUAUUUGGAAAGAAAGAAAGAGAGAAAAAAUUUUUUUUUUCAUCUUAACCAAGAACCCAUACAUCACAUAGUAUUUAACUUUUUUUUAUACAGAAUAGUAAAAUUUUCAAUCUUUUUUUUUUUUUCUUUCUUUCUUUUUCUUAGAAAAGCACACAAAAAUUUUUUUGAAACAAAUAAUUACACAGAAAAUCACGUAAUACAUGUAUAUAUAUAUAUAUAUUUUUUUUAUUUUUAUUUUAUUUUUAUUUUAAUUUUUUUUUUUUUUUUUUUUUUUUGCUUUUCUUCACUUUCUUCACUUUCUUCAUUUUCUUUUCCCUGCUUUUUGUUUCUUCUUUUUUUUUCUUUAAUCUUCACUUUUUUGUACAACUUUUUUUUUCUUCAAGACUUCUUUCUGUUCUAA